AUGUUACGACUCACUCUACUUCCUCUUCUCACUUCUUUGCUGGCUAUCCCUCAUGGAGUAACUGCUGCACCCCAUUGUAGACCCCAUCAUAACCAUAGUGUAUCAACUGUCACUCAAUGGUAUACAAGACAUCAUCCUCAAAGUACUACCGUCCUAUCGUCGACUAUCCCGACCACCUCGGCUCAAGCUAGCGUAAAUACUUCACUCGUCAUUGAAGAUCCCACUUCAAGUAACAGUGCUGAACCCACUUUCGUCCUGGUCUCUUCCACUACCGCUACUGCUGAACAAGUUGUCAGCACUUCCACUCUCGCUUCGGUCGAACAAUCUUCUGUACCGGAAUCAUCUACUUCCACUGCUGCUACCGAAGUCGCUGCUUCAGUCACCAACCUCGCUGCUCAACCUACCACAUCCAGCGUAUCGAACACCACCUCUAGCGGAAAUGGAAGUGGUACUUCCGAUCCUGAUGCUGAUUUGUUGGUCGAGCUUCAUAACGAUUUCAGAGCUCAAUAUGGCGCCGGAACGGUCACUUGGAGUACUACCCUCGCUGAUUAUGCAAAGUCCCAUGCGACAGCUUGUAACAUGGAGCAUACUAACGGUCCUUACGGAGAGAAUCUAGCCGCUGGAGCAGGUGGUGGAUAUACUAUCACAGAUGGUUUCAAUGCUUGGGCAGAUGAAGCUUCUGAAUACGAUCCAAGCAAUCCUCAAUACAGUCACUUCACUCAGGUCGUAUGGAAGGCUACUACCGAGAUUGGAUGUGCUGCUGUUACUUGUUCAGAUGGUACGAUUUUCAGUGGUGUUGGUUCGGACUCCCUCUACAUCAUGUGCGAGUACAACCCACCUGGAAAUGUCAUUGGCCAAUUCGCUGAGAACGUCGAUUCCAAAACAUCUUAA